AUGGAUUCCAAUUUGCAAAAUCUCAUAAAGAGUUAUGCUCCUUUAUCUGAUUUCUGUCCAGACCCAAAUUAUUAAUUUGAAGAGUUUAAGGACAGAUUAUUCUAGCCCUUUAGCAGAUAGGAAAAAGUAAGUAGAUGUUGCGAUUUCUCAAAAUAAACUCAAGUGCAAAAAGAUUUGGAAGAUGAGUAUGAGACUGUUGGAUAGAAAAUAGUCAAGAAGCCUGUACAAAAGAAGAUCGCCUUUGUCCCUUAAUAACAGUAGCAAGUCGUGUAUCAAUCGUACUAUUAAACGGGAAAGAAGAGCAAAAUGUCAUAGGCUGCAAAGAGAGUGAUUGUGUAUAAGAAAUGCAGAUUCAAGGACUCAAUCUCAAUUAAAACUGAUUGGAUUAGUAUUCACGAGACAUAAAAGUAGAACAUUGAGAAGGUUCAAUACUCUUUGAUUGAUAUAAAAGAAAUCCAAAGUAUAGGAACAAUAAAAAAAUACAACAAAGAAUUUGAUAAAGUGAGACCAAAUUAUGAGAAAAAGAUAUCUAUUAUAGGAGGAGAAGUCAUCUCAGGAUCUGUGUAAGAUGAUAAAUAUUUUAAAUAACUCAUAGCAGAAAGGUAAGGAACAGAAGAACUUCCAACCAUCUACACAACUGAUAAAUUGUUAUUUGCUAUCUAAACAAUCAAGUAUUCAAUAUAUCCUUGGGAUAUCUUGGUAACUAAGAAGGGCAAUUCUUAUGUCUUUGACAAAUGCCCUUAAAACAGAAGUGAAUUGACAUACUUGGAAUUGCAGACAAUAAAUGAGAAUAUCACAGUUGAUAUGCCUGAAGAUGAAAGGACAGUGCGAAAUUAUUGUGAGGAAAGUACAAUAGCCUAAUUGAGUUGGUAAUUGUUGAGUACUUACAAUCAACCAGUGCUCUUUUAAAAUUCAUUACAAAAUGAUGAGGAGGCAGAACAAAACGAUUUGGCUGAAAAAUAUCUUUUUUCUGAAGAUCUUUGUUUCAAAUAUUUAGAAGUCACAGUAAAGGAUAGGAUUGAGAAAGCCGCCAAGGGAGAGGAAGUGAGAGCAGGAUAGGAGAGAUUUAAAGUGGUUGUGAGAACUACAGUUGAAGCUGAAAAUAACGAUGGACAACCUGUCUUAGUGAAAUCAUUGAAUGAGUGCGAAACACCUCCUGAUUGGAAGAAAUCAUUAUUAUCUUAGGCUGGUAUUACAACUAAUACUGCAUAAGUGUAUAACACUAAUAAUAUCGCUAAAUGGUUGUGUUAGGCAUAGUUAUUGGAGAGCGAAGAGAUCAAGGUUGGUUAUUUGGCUAGACAAAACUAAAAGGAUUAGGAUAAGCAUUCUCUGUUGUUAGUGGAAACCUUUACAUAAAGAGAUUUGGCUGCUAUUAUUAAUUUUAAAUCUGUUGAAAUUUGGUAAAGUGUGAGAUAUAUGGUUGAUUAUCUGAAAACUCAGGAGGAUGGAGUGUAUGUCCUGUUGAAACAGGCUUAUAAAUAAUCAGUUCGAAUAUUCAAUGUUAAAGACGAUGGGGAAUAGUAGGAUGACGAUGAAGAUUCCUUAUGA